AUGGCAAAACUCAAUGAUGAUGCCGACUACGAUGCCGGCGAAACGUUUGAGAAUGUAUCAAGUCGACUGCCUGUUGCUGGGAGUCAUGACAACUACUAUGGCAGACGACUUCGGACUUGGUGCGUACUACAUAGUCGCCCUGACAACAAGACCAAGUUGCGACAACGAGUUGCAUCAAUAGAAUAUGGUAUGACCAACUUUAUGCUGGUUUUAUGGAAAAAAGGGGUUGUAAAGUAUAGUCCUUGCUCCAUUUCUACGCAUGUCCAUGGCUCGAAUCGCGCCGAGCAGGCUGGAGUGGCAGUAGGGCAGCCGGCAAAGUGGGCAUUCUCUUCAACUCCUCGCCAUCGGUACUACAAGAAACCAGUCGCAACUGGUAUGUCUUAA